CUAUAAUUUAUAGAUGCAAUAAACAGUAGUCACAAUAGAUCCAUCAGUAACACCUAAUUUAAUUUAAGGUCUGUCAUGCAAAAUUAAAGAGUGAUAAAACAUUGUGUGGCUUAGCUUAUUUUGAUGAUUAAAAAUCUUAAAAAGGAAUUGUUUAAGAAUCUUUAGAAUAUUUCAGGUUAAUGACAUUCUUCAAAAAUUACAAUUAUGAAGGUUUUAAAUUUAUAUAAUUAUUAGGACCUUCUGAUAUUUUAUUGAUUUAUUUAUGGGUUGUAGCUGCACAUAUGAUUAAAACUAUAGAAAAUGACCAAGAUUAAUAGGCUGCUGCUAAAAAGCUCGAUGAAAUUGCUAGAGAGGCCAUUACAACAAGAAGUGGAGACAAAAAAAACUUUCUUGGUGGACUUCUUAAAGAAAUACCAGGAGAAACUGAUAAAAUAUAAGCAUAUUUGAAGGGACUUAAAGAUAUUCUUGCAAAAGAAAUAAUUGCAAAGUAAUAAUUUAAAAAAGUCUCUAAGGUUCUUUAAAGAGGGAAAAAGAACAUUUGACUCUAAGUUUUGGACUGGUAUUGCAAAAAGAAAGUUUAUGGGAUUGAGUUAUACAGGAUUAUGAAAUGAAUUUAUAUUAAUAUAUAUAGAAUUUAAUACGAA